AUGCCAGUUACUAACGUCAAAAUCAGUCAACUUAAUGUCAAAUGUAAAAAGAUUGGAAAUUGCUGAAUAUCGGAGGAAAACUCAAAUAAUGUUCCAAAUCUGAAAAUGUGUCAUUAAAACCAAUAAGUAAAUAAUUAUGAAUUAUGCCAAAAAUAGCAAUUACAAGUAAAAAUCUGGGACGAAUGCUCGUAAACUGGCUCGAUAUAUCAAUAACCUCAAAACACAUGUACGGUAUAAGUGUAUUGUUUAGUUCUCGUGUAGUUAGUAAACGUAGCAUACGUGGUUACUCGUCUAAUAGUACUAAGAAGCUGUUGGAAUUUCUAGCCGAUAUGCCGAAAGCGACUUCAGCCAGAAUCGCUGAGGCCCAACGUCAAAGGCAACAGAUAACAAAAAAAAGUGAAAAAUAUGGUCCAAGCACUGUAUACCUUCAGGUGAUUGGAUCAGGCGCAAGAGGAGCGCCCAGCACGCUUUACCUCUUUACAGACCAAAAACGAUAUCUCUUCAACUGUGGCGAAUGCACACAGCGGCUUGCACAUGAGCACAAGGUGAAACUUUCCCGACUGGACCACAUCUUCAUCACCAGUAAAACAUGGCGCAAUAUUGGAGGCCUGCCGGGAUUGUCACUCACCUUGCAAGAUGUCGGAGUGCCAAAUAUAACACUGCAUGGACCUGAAGGCUUGGAUGAGUUGUAUACAGCAACAAAGCGGUUUGUUAUAAUGAAAGACAUGAAUGUGACAAUGGCCAAGUGUAGCCCCUUAGAGGACUUUGAAGACAACACCAUGAGUGUGAAAUAUGUUCUAUUAGGCCCUAAUGACAACAUACUUCAAGGUAAAGAAAAGUCAGCUGCUAAAAAGCCGAGACUAGAUUCAACCUCGGAUAGGGAGUAUGAUGAGUUUAUUCAUGAUGACACUGAUUACUAUAAGUCUGAAAUACGAAACAUGGAAGCCAACUCGUCUAACCCUCAAAGAAACAGACAUCCUAAGGAUAAGCCAAAACCAAAAUCAACUUUACAUUGUGAAAAAGAAAAUGCCCAGAAGAAAAAGACUGAUAAAGUUCUACAUGAGUUGCAGAAGAAAACUAAUUGUUCUGUGGCCUAUAUCUGCACUCUAAAGAAACGGCUUGGUACCCUGGACCUGGCGAAGUGUGUAGAGCUGGGUGUGAAGCCCGGUCCAAUGUUGGGCCAGCUGAAGAGUGGACAAGAUGUAGUGUUGCCGGAUGGCUCACUUGUUAUGUCCAAAGACGUGAAGACUCCUGAUGAUCCUGGCCCUGUGUUUAUUGUGUUGGAUAUACCUGAUCUAUCAUAUCUCAAGGAGACGGAGUUCACAGCACACUUCGACAAUGACAGGAACCCGCCGGAGAACAUCCCAGCGCUCAUCGUGCACUUUACUCCGCCACAUGUGUUCCAUCAUCCCACGUACCGAUCUUUCAUGGCGAUGUUUGGUCCGUGCACGCGGCACCUGGUGCUGAACGCGCAGAACUGCUGCCUGGGGUCGGAGGCCGUGCACCGCACGCAGCACAAGCUGCACCUGCUGGACCCCGACAUAUUCCCGCUGCUCAAGGACGUCAGCGUGCCCGCCGUCUGGAACGCGCACCCGCCCGUACCCAAGACCAAUAGUCCUAUAAGACUGAAGGGGCUGGAGGAACUUAAAAAUAAGAUAGCCCUCGCGCAGUUCCAGAAUAUUAUUAACUUGGAGGGCUCAGCUAAGGGAGAUGGACAUCAGCCCUCGGUCGAAGACAGUGAUUCUAUCCCCAAGUUGGAAUUAUUGGCUGGACGCACGCUCACUAUGUACCAUUUGAGGCCUAAAAAGCAGUUGGAUAGGACGGCAGAACCGAAGCUUCACAUACAAAGCUACAUUCAGGAGACGAUGGACGUGGAUGGGUUCGUCGGCAGCUUGGAGCAGUUCCGUCACCUCGUGGACGGUAUGAGAUACACACGGUGUGACUCUAAGGAGUACCCCAAGGUGGUAUUCUUGGGCACAGGCUCCUGCAUACCCAGCAAGACUAGGAAUACUAGCGCUAUUGUGCUGCAUAUUGAUGAGAAUAGAUCGAUUCUCUUAGACUGUGGAGAAGGUACCUUUGGUCAGCUGGUGCGUUUCUACGGGCCGAAGAAAGUCAACAGUUUCCUCAGGACGCUGAAAGCUAUCUACAUCUCACAUUUACAUGCUGACCACCACAUUGGUCUAAUCGGCGUGAUCCAAGCUCGUCGUGAAGCGUUCCAUGAGGCGGGCGCAGCGAGCGAGCACCCGGCGCCGCCCGCGCCGCUGUACCUGCUGGCUCCCGGACAGAUCAUCACGUGGCUCACCUGGUACGACCACCAGUUCGAGAAGAUCAAGAGCGAGUUCACUCUUAUACCUAACCAGAGUCUUCUCCACGACCACGCUCACAACUCCGAAGUGACAUCAGCAGUGCUAGCAGCGAUGGGCGUGCAACAUAUAAGGACGUGCCACGUGGCGCACUGUCCCAACGCAUUCGGCGUGGCCGUGGCGCUGGACGACGGCCACAAGGUCACCUACUCGGGGGACACGCUGCCCUGUGACGAGCUAGUGAGGAUCGGAGAAAACUCAACCUUACUAAUUCACGAAGCGACGAUGGAGGAUGAAUUAGCAGAUGAAGCUCGUAUUAAGAUGCACUCGACGACAACGCAGGCCAUAGACAUCGGGCGACAGAUGAAGGCGCGCUACACCGUCCUCACACACUUCAGCCAGCGGUACGCGCGCCUGCCGCGCCUCAACGCGCACAUACUCAACGACAACAACAGCGUCGGCAUCGCGUUUGAUAAUAUGCAGAUCACGAUGAGCGACCUGGACCUGCUCCCGCACAUGUACGCGCCGCUGCAGCUGAUGUUCGCGGAGCACUGCGUGGAGAUGGAGCUGAAGGCGGCGCACCGCCAGCGACUGCGCGACCGCCGCGCCUCGCCCCUGCCCGGUACACACACGCCCAAGCGGGCUCGCAGCCCUCGCGACGACCACGACCUCAACAAACGAUCCUGUAACCAUGCCAACGGGGACUCGCAAACAAAACUCCCCGGCUUAAACUCUUCUAUACAAUUAAGCUCUGAAUCCACUGAAACCGAUACGAAAGUUUCUCAUAUACAGACGAGAGAGCUCAGUACUGAUUCUGCGUCUAAUUCUGAUAAUAAUAGCAAAUUAGAUAGUGAUUGUAAACAAGAUUCUAAUGCACAGACAGAAACGAAUGCUAAAUCCUAUCAUGAUGUCUCUGAUGGUGUCACAGAAAGAUAUGCCACAAUAUAUGUUGUUGUAGUGUCCUCGUCCCGGCUCCAGUCGCUGAGCCGCGGCCGGCGCGUGGCGUCGACCGGCGCCACUGUGUCUGCGCCGACGCCGCAGCGCUUACGAUACAGGGAGAGCAAUGCUUCACGGCUUCGGCAAGAAAUUAAAGGUAUGACAGUGUGGGGCACUGUGAGGAAGCCACGCAGCCGAAGUAAUUCCGCUUCGACUUCAGGCUCUCAUGAAGUGAGCGUCACCAAGGCGAAGCAGGACGAACAUCGAAACUCAUCUCGUCAACCCAGUUUAGAACGUUCAAAAGGAAAAGAUGUCGCUGAGAAGGAAUUGACACCGCACUCACAAAGUGACAACCUCAGCAAUGAUGUCCAUAUUCCAGUCAAAGAUUCCAACGUUCCUUCGUCAGCAAAUGUGGUGAACUCGCGUUCGAAAACUAUAAGCUCUGUGGGCCAAUCGCAUUUACCCUCUGCCGAAGAAGUGUUGGAGGUUAUGGACAAAAUAAGAAAUAACCAUAGAAUCCAUAGCAUUGUGGGUCAUGCUAAGCAGACAGACUGCGGCUAUGGCAAGCCGUUGGUGACGCCGAUCAAUAAAAAGCUAACCAUCAGACGAGAAGAACAGCGUUAUGCGAACUUACAUCCAAGUGUUGAGAAAAUUACAACGACAGUCCCUGUGGCCAAAACUCCCACACGGACGUGGAAAGCGGAAAACAGAGAGGGUGCUCCUCGAAAUACUGCAAAGAAACCUGAUUUAAUGCUACCUAAAACACUAGUCAAGUAUCAUAAAGUCGAUGUGGUCACGAGCGUGCUCGGGCACAUACUAUUUUGGCGCGUGGCUCGCAUCACUGCCUACGUGUAUCCAAUCUGUGCUAGCAAUGGGAUUGUGAUUGUCACUAUAUUAGCAUUUGCUGUUUUGUUUUGGACAGCCACGAAGUCCUCUUUAACCGGGAACAAGUUACGGGCAUCGAAUACUAAUCCCAAUGUCUUUCCGGAAUCUAAACCACCCGUUUUGAGGAGUAAUAUAGCAUCCAGAUUACGUACUAUCCCAAUAUCACGGCCUUCAGCUUCCUCUCUACCUCGAACUAAAAGUCCACCUCGGCAAUACAAAACUAUGAGCAAACCUCAAGAAAUAUUAAGCGUGCAAACGAAACAACAUUACGACCACCGCGGUAUGAAAACCCAAGAUAAACGCAACACGAAAAAAUGGAAACCGGAAAUCAACAGCAGGGUCCGUGACACGCCCCCACGGUCUCCUACUAGAACGACGUCUCCUGCUGGAGUACCCACUCCUACAAGAGUGAGUUCCCCAGCACCCAAGAGAAUGUUGCCAAGUGAAUUUAACAGUAAGACUUGCAGUACACCCCCACUUUCUCCUACCGGAGUAUCGUCUCCUGAUGGAGUAUCUUCUCCUACAAGAGUGAGUUCACCACCACCCAAGAGAGCGUUGCUUAGUGAAAUUCAAAGGAUCUGCGGCACGCCCUCGCGGUCUCCUUCCAGAGCAUCAUCUCCUGCUGAAGUACCCUCUUCUACUAGGGCAAAUUCACCAACACCGAAAAGAAAAUUGCAAAAUGAAAUUACCAGCAGGCCCUGCAGCACGCCGCCCCGGUCACCCACCAGGGCACCGUCGCCUGCCAGAGUAUCCUCUCCUACUAGAUCGAGUUCACCAGCAGCCAAGAGAAUAUUGCCAAGUGAACCAAUAAAGAAACAGAUGAUGUCAGACGAAGAUGAUAACGAUGACUGCGAAAGUCUAAGUAAAGAAACGUUUGUCACACUUCCGAUCAAAGGUCCACCUGGUCCCCAUCAUAGAAGUUUCAAACCUCAGUUAGAAGAUAUACAGAGCUCGAAUUUACUUGUAAACCAAAAAGACCAGGACAAAAAAACGUGUCAAAAGACUGGAAAAAUGCAGGAAAGCAUACCAUCACAAAGUAAAUUUAAUGAGGACCUGAGACGACGACAACUAAUUGAAAUUAAAAAGAAAUUUCAAAGUAAAAGGUUUUUUGUAGAGUCUAAAUAUGAUAAGAUUGAAGGGCUCAAUUGGAUCACAUGGAAAUAAUAUACAACUUAAAUUAUAAACAAUCUGUAUUCAAUAAA